UAAUUUUCAUUUUUAUUACCACGCGUUUAAUAGGGACUCAAUCAUCGCGUGUAUAGUGAGUAGCGGAACGUCACUAUUCUCGGGAUUUGUCAUAUUCUCAGUGUUGGGACACAUGGCGCACAUCCAGGGCAAGGGUGUGGGCGAUGUGGCCAAAUCGGGACCGGGUCUGGCCUUUCUGGCCUAUCCCGAAGUGGUCACUCAACUGCCGAUAUCGCCCCUCUGGUCCAUACUAUUCUUCCUGAUGCUACUCAUACUGGGUAUCGACAGCCAGUUUUGCACUGUCGAGGCCUUUGUCACCGGCAUUGUGGACGAGUGGCCCCGCUAUCUGCGCCCCCGGAGGCGACUGUUCACGCUGACCGUGGUCAUUGUGCAGUUUUGUCUGGGUGUUCCCCUGAUCAUGGGCGGCGGAAUGUACGUGUUUCAGCUCAUGGACUUUUUCUCGGCCAGCGGAUUCUCACUGCUCUUGGUCGUUUUCUUUGAGAUUGUCGGCCUGUGUUGGGUGUUUGGCGCUUCCAAUAUAUUCAAAAACAUGAAGGAUAUGCUGGGCUUUUAGUAAGAUAUAACAACAAUUUAUAAAUAAAAUGCAC